AUGGACCCUCAAAUCGUGCCCUGCUGCUUUUGCGGCUCUGUGGUCCCGCGAAACGAUGCCACAAAGAUCAUGAACUUUGCCGGCGCCGAGUUUUACGACACGCAUCUGGCCGACGAGCUCCCGAUCCCCGGCUUCUUUCUGGCGCAGUUUAAGAAGAAACGAAAAGAGACGCCGAAAACGCCGGAAAUUUGGAUAUGCACUGCACACCAGAAGCCCAGCUGGUUCGGCAUCUCGGAAAGCAACACCACCGGCGUCCCGGAGCCCACAAAGGUGGAAAUGAUCAUCACGAUGAACGACGUCUGCUAUCCCGAGACGAAAACAAUUCCGGUUGCUAGAGGCGGUCAGCGGAUGUACCUACAGAAUGUCAAUCUGAUGGACACUUGUCGGUUGUGUGGUCGUGUCGGUGUGCCGUGGAUUACGGCCGCAAAUGAGGCGUCUGGACGGGCGCUGGCCGCUUUUUCCAACGACGCCGCGCCGGUGGUGGAGGGCGUUCGCAUGUGCAGGAUACACUUCCCCCAAGGCAUCCUCAAGGGCGACAUCAACGUCAACUUUCGCCAAAUUUCUACGAAUGAAAAUGGCCGAUUUAGUCGGGUGACGAUCGAUUGCGUCUACUGUGCGCACUGCUUCAGCGUGUGCGACCCGCGCGCGGCGAAGCACAUUAUGAGCGAGGAUGAGCUGCCGAGGACCGUUUCCGACGAGUUGGCUGAAUGUGUUCGUCAAUCUCCGCCCGGCUCGUACUACGUCUGCCUACGCCACUAUGCGCCUGGUGUUAUUCAGGAAAAGUGCACGUACUGCAGCGCCGCCUACGCCCCGGAGUGUCGCAUCCAGCUCGAGCUGGUCAGGCAGGCGGUAUCGCGCUUCCUGGGCCAAGAAGUGCCGCCACGAUUCCGCCUCUGCGCCCACCACAUCCCCGAGCGCUUCCUCAUCAACAAGGGCAGCUAUUCGAUAAUCACGUGCGUCGACUGCGACUACUGCGAGCAGCUCGUCUCCAUGUUCGACACGUACGGAGGAUUCGUUCCUGAGUUCCUCGAGAAGCCGUUCCCGCCCCGUUUCGAGAUCCGUUGCAGCCAGAAGCGCUUCCAGGAGGUGCGCAUCUGCCGCAAGCACUACAUCAGCCACGACGGCGCAAAGUCCUCCCACGCCCAACUUCAAGCCGUACUUGGUGCCCUGCAGAAGAAGGUGCGCGCCGAGGGCUGGGAGCCGGUCGACCUGCUCAAGGAGGUCAACGAUCCGGAGGGCUGCGACACGUCGAUUUACAUGCCGGGCUCCAGCUACUAUGAUGCAGGAUUCGGAGCCAACGCGGCAAAACCGGAAGACGCGCAGCGCCGUAUCCGCAAGCAUUCCCCGCCCCCGGCAGAAGUGACGAAACGCGGACGGCUCGACGGUUACGAA